AAGCGUGAAGGGGCCGUAUUGUACAGUAACAGUAGUCCUAUCCGGGACCUUGAAGCUGCUGAAGCUGAUUUCAGAGGCCUAUAAUUUAGGUCUUCUUCCAGAUAACCAGAUCUCUCUCCUCUUCGUCUUCCUCUCGAUACCCUCACCAAUCACCAUGUCAAUGGUCUUCCUCUCGCCGCCUCCUCCGCCCACCACCCUCUCCUCCCUACCCAUCAGAACCCAUCUCUGCCUCCGGUCCCAACUCGCCAUCUUCCCCAAGAAGCUCCCCUCCCUCUUACUCGCCAGGUCCACUGAAAACGGCGCUGGGGAAGUGAUUUCCUCUGCGACUGUUCUGGAGGAGGAGGUGGAGCAGAAAUCGGAAGAGAACAAGGAGGGAACCCCUCCGGCGGCUGCUGCAGUAGAGACGCAGGUGGAGGAUGAGCAAAAACCUAAUCUUGAAUCAAACGGCGCCGUCUUGAAAGCGGAGGAGAAGUCCUUGAAAGCUGAGGAGAAGGCGGUGCUUCCCAAGUUCAAAGACCCCAGGUGGAUCGGAGGGACGUGGGAUUUGACGCAGUUUCUCAAGGAUGGGAAGACGGAUUGGGAUGCGGUGUUAGAUGCUGAGGUCAGGAGAAGAAAAUGGCUUGAAGAUAAUCCAGAAGCAUCCAGCAACGAAGAGCCUGUGAUUUUAGACACCUCAAUCAUUCCAUGGUGGACAUGGGUCAAAAGGUUCCACCUUCCAGAAGCUGAAGUACUCAAUGGGCGUGCUGCCAUGAUUGGGUUUUUCAUGGCAUACUUUGUGGAUAGCCUCACCGGAGUAGGUCUUGUUGAUCAAAUGGGGAACUUCUUCUGCAAAACUUUGCUUUUUGUAGCUGUUGCAGGAGUUCUACUUAUUCGAAAGACCGAAGAUAUCAAUACCCUAAAGAAGCUUCUUGAAGAAACAACCUUCUACGACAAGCAGUGGCAAGCAACUUGGCUGGAGGAUAAAUCCUCAAACGACACUAAAGGUAAGGAGUAGCUCGGCUGUUCAAUUUCCAUCUAGUUGUUUUGAUUGCUGUUGUUUGAUAGAUAAGCAAUGUACAAUAUAUGAUUUGGUCUAAUAAUGUUUUAGAGAGAGGCAAUGUAAACGUUUAUCAUUUUAUCUGCUCUGUUAACCUAGAGAGGCAGAUUGAAAGGUUGAAUGCUUGGAUUGGAAACUUCUUAAUACAUACGAACCCCUGCUUCGUUCAGACAGGGUAUGGUCAUUUUCUUUGCAAA